ACGGUUCAAUUUAAAAGCUGUUUGGUUCAUGAAAAAAUUAUGUAUACGAUACCUUUUUUGGAAUAUAUAUUUUAUUGACUAAUGUCUGUUUCUUCUGUUCCCCUUCUCUAUUACCGUUUCUCAACUUUUGCAGUUAAAGAUCCUUAGGAAGGCUGUUUUAUUAUAUUUAUAUAUCACUUUUACAAUGUUUUCUCCAGCUCAAAGCAAGAAGUUUGUUGAGGCUUGGAUUUUGCACUGGCCUGUAAGAUUAAGCAGCAGCUUUAGUUCUGAUGAAUAUCAAUAUUUGCAUAAAAGUAAGACUCCUACAAUGCAUUUUCAACCUUCCUUGCCCCGACUGCCAAUUCCUGAAUUGUCUAAGUCUUGUGAGAGAUAUUUGACUGCCCAACAACCUCUGAGGACUGAAGAAGAAUUCUCAUUACUUGUUAAAAGAGUGAAAGACUUUGAAUUAAAUGCUGGCAUUGGUUUGCAAAAAGAAUUAAAAGAACUUGAUUCAAAGAAUAAACAUACAAGCUAUAUUUCAGCACCUUGGUUUGAAAUGUAUUUGAAAGAUCGCAGACCUCUACCUAUUAAUUAUAAUCCCUUUCUGGUUUUUAUUGAUGAUCCGAAAAUCGAAUAUAAUGAUCAAUUGAUUAGGUCCUCAAAUUUAUUAAUCUCUUCCUUAAGAUUUAUGAGAUCUCUCAGAAAUAAUUAUUUGGAACCGGAAGUAUAUCACUUAAAUGCUAAAAAAUCAGAUACAGAAUUUUUUCGAACAAUAACAAGGGCUUUGCCUCCUUCUGUUAGUUGGUAUGGAGCUUAUCUUUUCAAGGCGUUUCCCCUUGAUAUGUCUCAAUACAAAAAUCUUUUUAAUACAAGUCGUAUACCAGACUAUGGAAAAGACAGAAUUUUUCAUGAUCCUUCUGCAAAGCAUAUUAUGGUUAUGAAGAAUGGUAAUAUUUACAAGUUAACGGUUCUGGAUGAGGAAGGCCAAAUAUUGGAUCCUAUAGCUAUUUAUUCUGGUUUAAAGUUAAUUUUAGAUGAUCAAAAGAAACCUGCUGAAUUCCCUGUUGGUGUUUUAACAACUGAAGAUAGAGAUAUCUGGGCAAAAGCCCGUAAACAUUUAGAAUCCAUAGGCAAUGCUGAAGUGUUUAAAAUGAUUGAUAGCAGUAUUUUUAACUUAAUUUUUGAUGAUGAAGAACCAACAAAAGAUUAUAGAACAUUAGUUCAGCGUUACCUGCAUUCCAAUGGUGUAACAAGGUGGUUCGACAAGUCAUUCUCUUUAAUUGUUGGCAGAGAUGGUACAGCUGGCUUAAAUUUUGAACAUUCAUGGGGAGAUGGUGUAGCUGUAUUAAGAUAUUUUACUGAUAUCUAUAAUGAUUCCACCAAGAAUCCUCAAAUUCAUCCUACAUCUAAAUGCGACUUGAGCAGUGCUGAAAACUUAGUUUCAAAUUUAAUGUUUAAUUUAGAUAACACGUCAAAUGAAUUAAUUGUAAAUGCAAAAAAUAAAUAUUCAUUAAUAUGUGAUUCUCUUGGCAUUGAACUUUUUGAGUUCCUUAAGUUUGGAAGAAACCUAUGUAAACCCCAUGGUAUUAGCCCAGAUUUGAUCAUGCAGCUUGCUUUUCAGCUGGCAUAUUACAAAAUGAACAACAACUUUACUUCAACAUAUGAGUCCUGUAGUACUGCAGCAUUUAAACAUGGGCGAACUGAAACUAUGAGACCUUGCACCGUUGAAACCAAAAAACUAUGUGAAGCAAUUGUUAAGGAAGGCAGUUCUAAUAAGGCUGAUUUACUUAGAAUGAUCAAAGAUUGUUCUGUAAAACAUGGACAAUUAAUAAAAGAAGCAGCUAUGGGUCAAGGAUUUGAUAGGCAUUUUUUUGCUUUGAAUCUGCUGGCACAAAAAACUGGAAGGAUCCCAAGUAUAUUUUCUGACCCUUUCUAUAAACAAUUGAAUCAUUACGUAAUGUCAACAUCUACAUUGAGUUCCAAUAUUGUAUUACUUGGAGCUUUUGGGCCAGUUGUUCCUGAAGGAUUCGGUAUUGGAUAUUCAAUUUGGGAUGAAAGGCUUGGAGCGAUUAUUUCUUACUAUAAAAACAAGGCAGAUGGCCAGAGAUUCAUCAGUUGUUUGGAAGAAGCAUUAUUUGAUUUGUAUGUUGUAUUAAAUUAUAAUAAAUAAUGUUAUAGUCUUGUAAUUCAUCUUUCUCAAUAUUUUACUUUUAAACUUCUUGUGAUUAAAUAUGUUGGUAUCAUAAUCAUGGUUAGAUAGAAUAAAGGAUAUAAAAAAUAAAUAAACGGAAAUGAAU